ACUGCAGGUAGGGACCGUAAUUGGGGAUCUGAGCUCACAGUGACGUGGCCCCUAGGAGACCUAGAGCUGAUGCGUGCAAGAGUCUUGUCCUAGUUGCGGUCUGGUGGUCGUUUGUGGCUGUGUGCUGGCUCGUGUUGCUUGGAAGGCGGGAAGAGUCCGUAACCCGGGAAGGAGGGAGCCGAAGGAGCAGACCGCGAUCGCUGCAGGUUUUCAGGACUUAGUGCUGCAGACUUCCAGGCCAAGUAGAGGAAGAGUGAUUGUCUUUCCUGCAGGAAAAAGAAGCAGGAAAAACUUCAGCAUGGAAAACACCCCCCAGGAAAGCAAAGGAGAGGAGCAGGCCCCAAUGCAGAAUGAAGAAGCAGCCCGCCCCUUGGGAGGUGGUGAAGGCCAAGAGCCUGGUGGAAAUAUUAGAGGGGGGUGGGCUCCGCCUGAGCAAGAUUUUAGAGAGGAUAUGCCCAAUAGGCUUGUCAAUAACAUCGACAUGAUAGAUGGGGAUGCAGAUGACAUGGAGCGUUUCAUGGAGGAGAUGCGAGAGCUAAGGCGGAAAAUUAGGGAGCUUCAGUUGAGAUACAGCCUGCGCAUUCUCAUCGGUGACCCGCCUCACCAUGACCAUCAUGAUGAGUUUUGCCUUAUGCCUUGAAUGCUGAGCUUAAGAAUCAUAAACCCCCUGCUCCCCAAACUUGCAUUUUCUUGAUGUACCCUUUACUGUGAACCUUGUCUGUCACUCUUCUGAGCUGAAAUUGUUUUGACUUAGUCUGUAAGUUUUUUUUUUCUGUCAGCGGGGGGUUGCAUUAACUUGCAUGCAAACAUGCUUAUUACAUAUUCUAAAGUUAAUAAAGCAGUUUUAAAAGCA